AUGGACCGGCCCCGGUUCUUCCUCCCCUCCGAGGUGGCGGCCCACCGGACCGCGGCCGACCUCUGGGUCUCCUUUCUGGGCAAAGUCCUGGAUCUGAGCCCGCUGGUGAGCCGGUUCCAAGGAGACCUUCUGCUGCUGCCCAUCCUGGAGUGUGCGGGUCAGGACAUCAGCUGCUGGUUCGACGCCACAACUGGAGAUGUCUUGAGGUGUGUGGACCCCCGGAGCGGCUGCAUCAGGUUUUGCACCCCCAGGGGCCGGUUCCUGCACAUCCCCCCUGAGGACCCUCGCUCCGACUGGGACAUGGACAUCGGGGAGCCGUGGUGGAGAGACCCUCGCCUGGAGGUGGGCCUGCUGACCUCCAAGUCCAGGUGGAUCCGGAUCAUCAACACGCUGACGUCCCAGGAGCAGCUGCUGGAGGUGUGUUCAGAGGAAACCCUGGAGGAGAUCCUUCAGCGUUACUUGCGCUACAACGCCCACGCCUGCAGCUACACCUGGAAGUUUGAUGGAGCCAUCCUGGACAUGAAGAAGACUCUGAGUGAGAAUGGACUUCCUGAUGAAGACCUGGAACUGGAUCAGCUGAGACUGGACCGAGACGCCUUUGUCCCCGCUGUCCUCCUCCAUUUCAACGAUGACCUCACAGAGGGAUGA